GAAGUGUAAGUGUGUAACAUGACUCAGAGCGUCACAGGCGGAAGGUCACGGAGCAGCAGAACGGAACGGAAGCGGGAGUAAAAAGCCUAUCCGCCAUUGUGGAAAAUGACCCAGCAGAGUCGCCGAUUGUAAGAAGCAGACGCGCCGGAGGAAAACGGAACAUUGUAGCCGCGAGAGAGUGAUUGGACAGCCGGAGAGACGAGCCAGGAAAGCACCGAAGUGCAGAGAGAGGCAGGGGGGAAGAAGCCGUGGACAGUCUCACACACAGCUAUCAGUUUCGGUUCCUGGAGGAUGUCUGCGACCACAGUCGAUCAGAGACCCAAAGGACAAGGAAAUAAAGUGCAAAACGGAUCAAUGCAUCAAAAGGAUGGAGUCAACGAUGAUGACUUUGAGCCUUAUCUAGGCGGCCAGACAAAUCAGAAUAACAGCUACCAACCAAUGUCUGACCCCUACAUGCCCAGCUACUAUGCUCCAUCCAUUGGUUUCCCUUACUCUCUGGGAGAGGCCGCCUGGUCCACAGCAGGAGACCCCCCUAUGCCCUACCUGACCACCUAUGGACAGAUGAGCAAUGGCGAGCCUCACUUCCUCCCUGACGGUGUGUUUAGCCAGCCCGGUGCCCUGGGGAACACCCCCCCCUUCCUGGGCCAGCAUGGCUUCAACUUCUUCCCUGGUAAUGCAGACUUUUCCACCUGGGGAACCAGUGUCUCUCAGGGCCAGUCCACCCAGAGCUCGGUCUACAGUAACAGCUACGGUUACGCCCCCAGCUCUCUGGGUCGGGCCAUCACGGACGGACAGGCGGGCUUUGGAAGCGACACCCAGCUGAGUAAAGUGCCGAUGCUGAACAGCAUUGAGCAAGGUAUGACAGGCUUGAAACUGAGUACGGACAUGGUGGCAGCUGUCACCAAAACCGUGGGCUCCCCACUGGGCACAGCAGGUAUGAGCAGCAUGGCAGCCAAUAGCCUCCCUCCGCCUGUGAGCUCCUCCGCCCCGAAACCUGCCUCCUGGGCGGCCAUCGCCAAGAAGCCGGCCAAGCCGCAGCCGAAGGUCAAACCCAAAGCCAACAUGGGGAUGGGAGGAGGCGCCAUUCCCCCGCCCCCCAUAAAGCACAAUAUGAACAUUGGUACUUGGGACGAUAAGGGCUCAAUGAACAAGCCCCCCUUAGCUCAGAAUAUGAUGCCCCCGCAGCCCAUGAUGCAGCAGCCUCUCCUAGCUCAGCCCCAGCCCUUGCUGCAGAACCCGUUGCCCCCUCAGCCCCAACACCAUCACCAACAUCAACAACAUCACCAACAACAUCAACAUCACCAACAACAUCAACACCAACAUCAACACCAGCCCCAACACCAGCCCUUCCAGCUCCACUCUCUCCAGUCCCCCCAGCACCCCCAGCAUAUGCCCCCUGGCCCCCCUCACAUGCACCUCUCCUCUCAACCUGGCCCCCCACAGCCCCUCCAUCAGCAGCAGCCCCAGCAGCCCGGUCCACCCCCCAACCGCUGGGUGGCUCCCAGGAACCGUGGUGAGGGCUUCGGUAUGGUUGGGGGAGUCCCCCUGAAUGCCUCCCCCUGCUCCGGUGAAGUGCACCCCGUGCUGGAGAAGCUGCGCGCCCUCAACAACUACAACCCCAAAGACUUUGACUGGAGCUUGAAAAACGGGCGCGUUUUCAUAAUCAAGAGCUAUUCUGAAGACGACAUCCACCGCUCCAUCAAGUAUUCCAUCUGGUGCAGCACAGAACAUGGCAACAAGCGUCUGGACGGUGCCUACCGCUCGCUGGGCAACAAGGGCCCCCUGUACCUGUUGUUCAGCGUCAACGGCAGCGGGCACUUCUGCGGCGUGGCCGAGAUGCGCUCCCCGGUGGACUACAAUGCCUACGCGGGCGUCUGGUCUCAGGACAAGUGGAAGGGCAAGUUCGAGGUGAAGUGGGCGUUCAUCAAAGACGUGCCCAACAACCAGCUGCGACACAUCCGGCUGGAGAACAAUGACAACAAGCCGGUGACCAACUCCAGGGACACUCAGGAAGUGCCUCUGGAGAAGGCCAAACAAGUGCUUAAAAUUAUCGCCACUUUCAAGCAUACCACCUCAAUCUUUGAUGACUUUGCACAUUACGAGAAACGUCAGGAAGAGGAGGAGGCUUUGAGGAAGGAGCGCAAUAGAAAUAAACAGUAAUCUCAAGCAAGCUCUCUGCUAGAACUGCAACACUAAUGACGUAGGACCUUACAUAAAAUUUGCCUAACCACGAAAGGAGGAAAGGCUCUCACAACUCUUUCCGCUGAAGACGACAAUGUAUGUGAACACUUGACAAUAGAUGGACUCAUCCGUAUCCGUUGACUGGUGCAUCAAACCCCGUGUUCCUGUCUCACGAGAAAAGAGCGUAACCCACUUUGAAAACUGUCUCUAAAGCACUUUCAGUCCUCCUAAACGGCCUCUACCAAUACCCUUAACUCUCUAACUCUGUGUUCUUCUUCUUCUUUGAUUUUGUUUGUGAGCAACUAACUGACUAACCGAAGUAGUCAGAAGAUUUCACCGGGCUUAUUUGUAAUUUUCUUUUUUUUAAUGCCUCAAAUGUUUGGGAUAUUGGUGAGCCUCGUCAGCUCCUGAGGAGAAUUAAAGAUGAAUUUGACUUGAAUCUGUAUUCAGGUGUCUGACCCUCCUCAGACAGAGGUUUGGAUGAUUGACAGGUUGGGAUGAGAUAAUUGGGAAACAACUACAAUCAUGCCAAUCAUAGGAAGUGUCUUCCCUCCACCUGUUCCCCUUCUUUUUCUGCAUCUGUUUCUGUGUACCAAAAGAUUACAUUAUGCAGCGGGCUGGCGAGCUCCGGUCAGUGCACAUCUUUGUUUUUUCUCUCUUGUGGUUCUGUCACUCUGAAGUGCAUUUGUCUGAGGAGAAAGCUGCUGCUCUGAUGUUGAUGUACUUUUCGGUACGAAAGCUCAGGCUGUCCUCAACAAUUCCAAGCACUUUUGGGAGAAUCCCCCACACCGCCCCACCCGCUCGGUCCGAGGGGAUUCCCCCAAAGCGGCAACUGCAAGGAUGUGACAGUUUUCUCCUCUAGAUAACUCACUAGCUAAAUAAAAAUUAUCCAUGUUUAGCGCAAAAUCUUGCUUUCGUGUUUUUACUCAUUUGCCUCAGAAAUGUAUACAUUGACUCACGCACAUUAAAGUAUAAACUCUCCUCCUGCA